UUAGAAUUUCGAACGGUUCGGUCGGUGCGGCGCUUAGCGAGAGCGCUCAAGCCCAGCUUUUAGUUAAGUCGCGAUAAAAUGUUUAAUUUACUGUUCGUUUGAGAUUUUUAGUUUUGUACAUAUUUAUGCUAUUUUUGUGUGCUCGCUCUUUUCGUUGUUUACUGUUUACUGUUUAAUUUACCUUAUCGGCAACUCUCAUGUAAAAAGACACGACAAACAACUGCGAAAGUUUGCAACAGUUAUCAACUAGAAUAUAUACAUACAAACAUACGUAAACACUUACCUGUACGUUGGCAUACAUACAAACACGUGUAUUAUACAUGCACACACACAAGUAAAAAUAAAAGAAAUCCAUGUGUGUGUUGUCUGAUUGUAUUUGUGUGUGAGAGCGCGCUUUAUCAGCUACUUACAAAGAAACAAAAACAACACAGACAGAAAAGGAAAACAUAAAAUAAAAUAAAAAAAAAAACACGCUGCAGCUUUGUUAUUGUUGCCUGUGCCGUUAAUUUCCAGCGUCAUUGCCAGUCAACGACAACAACAACAAACUUGAAUUGACAAACUAAAUAAAAGUUCACUUAAAAAUUGUGGCUGUCAUUGAAUUUGAAUCUAUGGUUUUUGCUAAAGACAUUGCAAGCAGCGCAUUGCAAAAAUACGUUUCAUGCUGAAAUUCUUGCUCGAGGCCAAGUGAAAAGACCAAUGAAAGCCAACACACAGCUAAAUGACAACUGCAAUUGUAACUCCAAGUCUACAACAAGCUCAAAGUUAACCAUAGCAACCAUAAAAAGAAGAGGAAGCAGCAGCAGCAGCAGCAGAGCACACGAGAUUGAUGUGGAGCAACUGAAGCUCUUCUUUUGUCGCAGUCACACGUACAAGUGCCUGAAUCAUAAUCCAAAUCAAAAUCUGCCACUAAGUCAACGCUUGCAACUGAAACUGCAUCACAGAUACAACUCCUGAUCCCAGCGAGCGAGCGAGCUCCAGAGUCAAGUGCAAUUUUAAAUUUCAAGUGUUGUUUUGUGUGUUUUUUUUUAUUAAACGACUGCCUGUUGCAUAAAAAUCAAGUGAAAACUUAGCCAGCGCCAAUGCCAAAGUGAGAGCGAGAGCGAGAGAGAUAAAGACGUAAGCCACAUCUGGAUUUUGUAUCGACGACAAGCCUCCAAGCUCCUCCAAGUGGCAGCAGCUAAAAAGACAAACACACAAAAACUGAAAACAAAAACAAGCUUGAGAAACGAGCAGCAGCAGCAGACAACGUUUGUGCUUAGCGAGUGCCGACUGUAGCUGCUAACUGGUAACAGUUUAGUGCAACGCCAAGAGAGAGAGAGAGAAAGAGAGAGCGACGGCUGAAGAGCGAGACGCACAUAAAUACCAAUGUACUCGGCUGUUGAUUAUUACUCGGAAAUGGGACAAAUCUCUCAAGAUUGCUCAUCAACAGACUUCGAUAUGGACGAUGUGGAUGAAUCGGAUCAAGUUACCCAAGUGAUUGGAUAUCAUCCGCGUUUUCGUGAUCAUUUUUUGCGCACGCAAAAUUUUAUAAUGAAAGGCGAUGGACCGCUGCCGCACUCAUAUCGCUACUAUUUGGCCAUAAUUGCUGCCGCCAGGCAUCAGUGUCCUUAUUUGGUGAAGCGCUAUGAAAAGGAGUUCAUCAAUCAGGGCGGCAACAGCGAGUGGCUGAACGGACUCGACUAUAUACCCACCAAACUACGUGCCAUAUACGAUAUCAAUAAAAUACUAGCGCAUCGUCCUUGGCUGCUGCGCAAGGAGCACAUCGAGCGCUUAACAAAGGGCAAAAAUAGCUGGUCCUUGUCCGAGGUGGUGCACGCAAUGGUUUUGUUAUCACACUUUCAUUCGCUCUCCUCCUUUGUAUUCUCCUGCGGUCUCACCCAAAAGCUCGAUGGUCUGUCGAGUCCCAAACUGAAGGCAACGCCAAUUGAUGAUGCAGCUAUACAGGUAAAUCAACAGACCACAUCGAGUCCCCAGUUGCAGUUGCAGUUGCCCAAAAACGUGCUGGGCGAAAUAUCAUUCAACAAUGGAGUCGGUAGCGUCGCUGGUGGUGGCAGCAGCAGCAGCAACUCAAAGCCGGAUUACAAUAAUGCAGCUGAUGGCAGCAACAAUAAUGGAGCCAACUUUGCGUUUGGUCAGCUCUAUUUGGCUACCGCACAGCAGCAGCCGCAGCAACAGGUGGGCGUGUCCGUGGAGGCGUUAAUGGAGCGCAUGAAGGUGCUUUCCCAGAACCAGGACGAGUGCAGCGAGGCGGAGCUUAGCAACCGCUUCAAGAGCGUCGAAUUACAAACUGCAGAGUUGGCGGCUGUUACGCCGGAGGCGCCGGUACAGUUGCCACCCAUAAUUUCGCAGUAUGUGGACGAUGCCAGUUUUACGUAUGAGGAUUUCGCGCGACGUGGCGCCGAAAAUAUAAACACAUUUCGCAUACAGGACUACUCCUGGGAAGAUCAUGGUUUUUCGCUGGUCGAUAAUUUGUAUAACGACUUGGGCACCUUCUUGGAUGAGAAAUUUCGCGCUGCCUAUAAUCUAACAUAUUUCACCAUGGGCGGUAUUAAGAAUGUGGAUACAUCCAAGUUUCGACGCGCCAUUUGGAAUUAUAUACAAUGCAUUUUUGGCAUACGCCAUGAUGAUUACGACUAUGGCGAAGUGAAUCAGCUGCUGGUGCGUCCGUUGAAAAUGUUUAUAAAGACAGCCUGUUGCUUUCCAGAGCGCAUUACCACCAAGGACUACGAUAGUGUGCUCGUCGAGCUUCAAGACAGCGAAAAAGUUCAUGUUAAUCUUAUGAUAAUGGAGGCCCGUAAUCAGGCCGAAUUACUCUAUGCUUUGCGCGAGAUAAUGCGCUAUAUGACUUGAUCUCAUUAAGUGAUUGCAAACCCACACACACACGCAUACAUACAUACAUAUAUAAAGCAACAUAUAACGCAUAUACAUACAUAUAUAUAUAUAUAUUGACUUGCAUAAAUAUUACAACAAAUUCAAUUAACAGUCAAAGAACAGAACAAUUUCUAAUGUGCAAUAAGCGUAUCAAGUAAAUAAUAUUAUAAUGCCAAUCUCCAGUCAAACUCUUUUGGAUACCUUGUAUACAGCUAUAGAAAUUUUUAAACAAUUAUUAUGUACUCAAAGAUUCGGUUAAUACGCAAUCAAUUUGUUGUUGCUUACAAAAAAAAAAUCACUGUA